AUGCAUUGUCGAUGGGGACAUGUGAUAGACCCAAGCAGCUGAAAUCUGCUGAAUGUCUGAGCCAGACUGGUUGAAUGUCGUGAACUAUGCUGAAGUGCUUUGAAUAUUUUAGCUUUCAUUUUUCCAGUGCGAGAUAAGGUCUCUUGCUUGCUAACAUUAGCGAGCAAACACAGUUAAUAAGUGGUCAUGUUCGGAUGUAUAGUCGCAGGUAGAUUGGUGCAGACAGACGCUCAGCAGGUCGCCAACGACAAAUUUGUUUUUAACCUGCCAGACUAUGAAAACGUCAAUCACGUGGUGGUCUUCAUGUUGGGAACCGUGCCUUUUCCCGCGGGCAUGGGCGGCGCUGUCUAUUUCUCUUUCCCAGACCCCAACGUUGGCCAAGUGUGGCAGCUCUUGGGCUUUAUAACCAAUGAAAAGCCAAGUGCCAUAUUCAAAAUCUCGGGCUUGAAAGCCGGUGAGGGUGGGGCUCACCCCUUUGGUAUGAUGGCUGCCCCCCAGGCUCCAUCAGUUGCACAGGUGGGCGUGUCCGUGGAGUCUUUAGAUCAGCUAGCACAACAGACGCCUGUAUCCAGCGCAGCUGUCUCUACAAUGGACUCCUUCACACAGUUCACGCAGAAGAUGCUGGAGAGCUUGUAUAACUUCACCUCCUCCUUUGCACUUUCCCAGGCACAAAUGACGCCAAACCCUUCAGAGAUGUUUGUCCCUGCUAGUUCUAUCCUCAAAUGGUAUGAGAACUUCCAGAGACGAAUGGCACAGAAUCCAAAUUUCUGGAAGACAUGAAACUGCUUUUUGUGUGACGGAAACAACAAAAUGGCUGAGAGUUACCACAACCAAAAAGGAAAAAUGUACAAAUUCACAGAAAAAAAAAAGAAUGAAGACAUACCUUUGUUUUACAGUGUCAGUUGUUACACGAAAGUCAUCCUGACAAAAUGAUC